CGUAAAAAACGCCACCCGCUCGCGCGACGGCAUGAGAGCGGUGUGUGGAGUUGAAUUAUCCCUGAGCUAACACGUCAUAGAACCCUAAAACCAAAAAGGGAAAUCACCCUCUUAGUGGUGUAUAUUAUUUCCUUUUUCUUCUCGAAAUACUUCUGCGGAAGGACCAAGACCGGAAAAAUGAGUUUACUGGCCAAAAUCGCCGAAAUCGAGAACGAGAUGGCUCGUACUCAGAAGAACAAGGCCACGGCGCAUCACUUGGGCUUGCUGAAGGCUCGACUGGCCAAACUGCGCAGGGAGCUCAUCACUCCUAAAGGAGGCGGUGGUGGCGGCCCCGGAGAAGGCUUUGAUGUUGCAAAGACAGGAGACGCACGUAUCGGCUUUGUGGGCUUCCCCUCCGUAGGUAAAUCCACCCUGCUGAGCAACCUGGCUGGAGUAUACUCCGAAGUGGCUGCUUACGAGUUCACUACACUGACUACAGUGCCGGGAGUAAUCCGCUACAAAGGAGCCAAAGUUCAGCUAUUGGAUCUCCCAGGUAUCAUCGAAGGGGCCAAAGACGGUAAAGGUAGAGGACGACAAGUGAUAGCAGUGGCUCGUACCUGCAACCUGAUCCUGAUCGUCCUGGACGUCCUGAAGCCUCUCGGACACAAGAAGCUGAUCGAGCACGAGCUGGAAGGCUUCGGCAUCCGCCUUAACAAGAAACCACCCAACAUUGGCUUCAAGAAGAAGGACAAAGGAGGCAUCAACUUCACCACAACUUGUGCGCAGAGCGAGCUUGAUGGUGAAACAGUGAAGAGCAUUCUGGCCGAGUAUAAAAUCCACAAUGCGGAUAUAACGCUGAGGGGCGACGUGACUGCCGAUGACCUCAUAGAUGUAGUGGAAGGAAACAGGGUUUACAUCCCCUGCAUUUACGUCUUGAACAAAAUCGACCAGAUCUCCAUUGAAGAGCUGGACAUUAUCUACAAAGUCCCUCACUGCGUUCCGAUCUCCGCUCACCACCGCUGGAACUUUGACGACCUGCUGGAGAGGAUCUGGGAUUACCUGCAGCUUGUACGCAUCUACACCAAGCCCAAGGGUCAGCUCCCUGACUACACAGCUCCUGUGGUCCUUCCUGACGGACGAACAUCUGUCGAAGACUUUUGCCUUAAAAUCCACAAAAACCUCAUCAAGGAGUUGAAAUAUGCUCUGGUGUGGGGCUCCUCUGUGAAACACAACCCUCAGAAAGUUGGCAAAGACCACGUGAUGGAGGACGAGGACGUCAUUCAGCUGGUCAAGAAGUAAAAAACAGACUCAGACAUUUUGCAUGACCCACCAAGCUGCUCUGUUCAGCGAGCCGGCUUUUAAAAGACCAGAGACGCCGUCUGCGAUGUCAAUGUCGCAUUGUGGAUUCUAAUUAUUUUCUUUUGGACAUCAUCGGAUCAUAUAUGAACAUCAAAGUCACAUUUACUCUUUCCAACGCACGUGUUGAAGCCACACAUGGGAUAAAUGCAAUUAAAAAGGAAAUCAUAUUGUAUGUAUAGGUUCAAAUAAAACAAUCAAAACCCUGAAA